AUGCUAACAAAUAACUGUGUAGCUUAUAAUUUUGUAGUUAGUUUGUUUGUUAUAGAAACAAUUACUUUUUAUAAAUUCAAAGUAUUAAUAAAAGUAUUAAUAAAUUUAUAUCGUAUUGCUAAAAAGUGUUUUGUUGUAUUAAGCAGCGCAGCAGCAGCAGCGAUAACAACAACAAUAAAAAAACACACUUUAAAAAAAUACUUAUUUAUUGCUGAUAUGGACCCAGUUGGAUCAUUUGAAUCAUUUUUUCAUCAAUUGGUUCCUUUUGCAGAGGGCGAUCAACAGCUAUUACUUUCACUUUAUCAACAACAGCAACAACAAAAUACAAAUAGUCCAUCAACAACAACAACAACAACAACUACUACUACUACCACACAAUCAUCCAAUACAUCACCAACUACAGGUCUACCAUCUCAAACAGCAUCAUCAUUAAUCCCAAAUCAACAGGGACCACAACAGUACCAGCAACAAAUGUUCUAUCAAAUUCAACAACAACAAGGUCAGCAACAGCAAGGUCAACAACAGAUCCAGCAACCUCAACAACAACAACAACAACAACAACAAAAACAAUCAAAACAAUCAAAGAAGCAACAACAACAACAACUACAACAGCAACAACAACAACAACAACAACAACAACAACAGGAGGUAAAGAGAGAACCAAAUUCACCGGAUAGUGACUCUGACUCGGAUCGUGAACGUGAAAAGAAAAAUCGUAGUAGAGCCAAUCAGAAUUUAGCCAGUAGAAACUAUAGACAGAGAAAGAAGGAGUAUAUUCGCGAUAUAGAGGAGAAGCUCGCAGUUUUGGCGCUAGAGAAUGACCAACUGAAAAAAGAGAAUUUGAAUCUAAAGAAAGGUGGUGGCCUCGAAAUUAUGAAGCCAGACCCUGCAUUCAUCACUAUGAUGAUGGAAGCCAAACAAAUCAUCAUUCAAUUGGAUGUAGCAAUCAAGAAGAACGAUGACCGUUCACUCAUUUAUUUAUUACAAUUGUUCCAUCUCUCGAUUGAGAAACGUCACUCGAUCAUCGAGCGAGAAGUCGAAAAGAUGGUGCAUCCAUACACACAGGCAAAGUUAGCCGCAAUGGGUUAUGUUCCCUCCCUGGAGAAUCCAAUGAUUUCGUCGAUAUCUGGACCGAGCUCCGAUGGCUGGUGGAUCAAAUACAUGUCAGAGGCACAGAUCACUGAGGACCAGUCACGUGCCAUCAAGCAACUGCGCGCCAACCACUGGAAAGCCGAUAUCGAGCUGCGUAACGAGCGUGAACGUUUGGACCGCUCCAUCAAGGAGUUCUAUCUGAGUAAGGUUAUGGUGUUCCCCACCAACGAGCGUCUCAACAAGUCGUUCGCGGCCAACCUCUCUAUUACCGACGCGCCCAUACCACAACCAAUCAACAACACAAUUACCGACGCCAACAGUGUAGAUAUUUCAGAGAUCCUCGAGUUCACUCGCAAACUGGAGCACUUGAAAAAGAAUUUUGUAAAGCAACGUACCCUUAUGGAAGAUACACACGCGGCACUCUCUGCCAUUCUGACACCCCGACAAGAAGCCAUGCUACUUGUUCGUGUACAUUACAGCACAAGAUACGAUUUCGCCAACAUGGAGAUGCUAAAGAAUGUGUGGGGUAGCGUAGUUUCCAAAGAUUCAAACUUCCCGCCACCUCCUCCACAAUUCCCACCAUCAUUAAUGAAUAGCAACCAAAAUCAAAUUAACAACAAUCUUUUAAAUAUUCAAAAUAUGUAUAGUCCAUAUUCUACAACUACAACCACAACCAACAACAACAACAACAACAACAAUAAUAACAACAACAAUAAUCUAUCAUUACCACCACAACAACAGCAGCAACAAAUCAAUCCGAAUCAAAUGCCAAUUUUAAAUAACAAUACAUCAUCACCAAUAAUAUCAAACAAUAGUAAUAUAGGUAAUAACAAUACACCACCAGUUCAAAUCAUUCAAAAUCAACCUGGAUACUUUUAA